AUGUCCAUUGAAUAUGUACCGCAGUCGUGCCUCAUAGCCACGCCGGUCCGUCAACAGAUUACACCUCUUACUACAUGCACACUGACUGACCUGUCCCCACCUGUAGACAAUCUCGAAUCACUUACGACUACGCCCAACGCUCUCUCUACAGCACGGGUUGAUUUCUUCGUCAAUGCUCGUGGUUUGGCAACUACCCCAGCUCCGGAGCCAGCUACCUUUCCCACUUCGUGGAUGCAGGCGGCCUCCCUUGACGACGACACCUUCCCCGGCACUUACCCCGCAGACGCUGAUAUGGCCGCAGGCAAGGUCACGGCUACACCAGCCACGGUGGACGCUCCGGCUUCCUCGGCUGACAUUGAUGCCGCUGCCAAUCAAAAGCUGGACCAUGCAGACAUGUUGGAGUCUUUUACACCAGCAACACACACUGAUGAUAAAGCACAGGUCACCGACGAUGACCCUGUACUUCCGCCCCCUACAGCUUCCGAUGAAUUGCUUAACGUUGACAUCCGGGAGUAUAAUCAAAACCCAGCGUUCCAGCAGGAUGUCUACUACAUGGAGGAGACCAUUCCAACCUUCCAGGAAGUACCCCUAGGGACGGGUGGCCAGGUCCGCCACCACCAGGAAGCACUCCUACCCAAGUGGGCUGGUUGCGGCACGGCAGGUCGUCCUUUUCUGGAUGUGGUGGUGUAUAUUUAG